AAAGCACAUACACGUGAGUUUGUAAACAAGAGAGUGGGUGGAUGAGGGCGGCCAUUCUCCGAGCUCUCAAUGACAUGAAGGCCCGUCACUUUCCCCUGGCAGUACUUGCCAGUGUGCUGUGUCUGUGUCAGAGCUACACCCUGAGGAGCUCGGUGUCCUGGGUCGUGUCUUCCAACGACGUGGUGGAGGACGCGGACCUAUCGGAGGAGGUCGCCCCGGCGUUGCUGGUGGACAGUGCGGGGCUGUGGAAGCAUGCUUAUCCGUCCUCCGACGUCCUCGGGGACAGCGUGGAGAGCCCCGGGGAGCUAGGCAAGCCCGAAAACGACAAUGUAGCGCAGCUUUCCUCUCGUUUGUUUUCAUAUCGGCUGGAGAAGGUGAAGAAGUCCCCCGGCAGCUCGCCUCCCCCGCACCAGGAGACCGCCAGGACUGCCAGAUACAUAGCUCACUACAGUGAUUGGGGACACCUGUCCACCAUUUCAACUCAAGACAAGAUCAAAGGUCUCCCCUUUGGGAACAUCUUCUCAGUCAGUGAUGGACCACUGGACAACAGCACUGGAGUUAUCUACUUCUAUAUGACUCCAAUGGACAACAGUGUGUCAGACCUGAAAAGUAACCCUUAUGCUUCUCUCACCUUCUCAGAGGCAGAGGGGGAAUUCUGCAGGCAAAUGGUGUAUGAUCCAGAGGAUCCAAGAUGUGCUCGACUCACACUAACAGGGAAGAUGGUGGAGGUUGCCCCAGAGGAGCUUGCUUUUGCAAAAGAGGCAAUGUUCUCAAGACACCCUGUGAUGGCAAAGUGGCCAGUGGGACACAAGUGGUUCUUUAUGAAGCUGGAGUUGAUCCAGGUCUGGCUGCAGGACUGGAUCGGAGGCACAUCAUUCAUUCCAGUGGAGGACUACUUUAAAGCUACACCCUUCUGAGAAUAUCCUUCCUUCUGCACCAUGUCAGCCUACAGAAACGGAUUAAUUCAGCUGUCUACACCACACACACGUCCCUCCAAUAAGGGGAGACAGUUCCCAAAACAGCAGUGUUCAAAAAAUAUUUUCAACAUUUGUUUCAAUUACUGUUUCUGUUUUAACUUGUGAAGGUGAAUAUUCUUCACACAUAUUUUUUCCGUUCAACUCAGUGUGGUAUGUGAAUGUAUCAAAAGUCAGUAAGCUUAUUAAAUGUGAUGGUCACAGUCAUCACAGCUGGCAUAGAAAAUUCUGUGUCAUUAAAUGUAUUCUUUUUAAACACUGAUUACUAUUUUAUUGGUUUGCAUUAAACUGUGUGCUGUUUGAAAAAUAAAUGAAUGUUAGCACACAAAA